GAGAAUUCAACGGGUCGCGGAGCAUGAGAAGAUUAUGCAUGGUCACGUGAACUAAACAUGACGGCGCUCCUAGCAGGGGUGUGCGUUUUAGUCCUGGUCAGUAGGACAGGCUGCACAGACAACACGAACGGGCUCGGCACAGAUGGCGUCCCAGAGUUAGACUACACAGACGUGGACUUAGGGCUUGCUCAGCGGGGCCCGCACUUCGACAUCGCCUACUCGAAGAAUGUCACCGCGCUCGUCGGCAAGACCGCACAGCUCAACUGCAGGGUUCACGACCUUGGAAACAGAACAGUCUCAUGGAUCCGGCAUCGGGACAUACACCUGCUCACGUCUGGCAGGAUGACGUAUACUUCGGACCAGAGGUUCAUAAGCGUCCACAAUCCUCAUACUGAGGAUUGGAUAUUGAAAAUAAGGUUCCCGCAGCGGCGGGACUCUGGCGUGUACGAGUGCCAAGUCGGCACCACGCCGCCAAUAGGCCACCGGAUGUACCUAUCGGUUGUCGAGCCGCUGACCACGAUCCUGGGCGGGCCGGAGCUGUUCAUCAACACGGGCAGCACAAUCAACCUCACCUGCGUAGUGCAGCACUCUCCUGAACCACCCCCCACCAUACGUUGGACUCACAACGACGAGGAAAUAAACUAUGACUCUCCGCGUGGUGGCGUAUCGGUCAUUACCGAGAAGGGUGAAACCACGACUUCUCAUCUGCUGGUGCAGAAGGCGCGAGGGCCCGACUCCGGGCGGUACACCUGCGCGCCGGCCAAUGCCAACCCGAGAUCGGUGCUAGUGCACGUACUGAGCGGUGAGCAUCCAGCUGCGAUGCAACAUGGAGGUCAGCUCCGUCUUCAGUAUCCGCUGUCAGCUGCUCUACUCAGCGUCAUUGUAGCCCUUAUGGGCUGCUAGUAUAGAGUUUAUAUUAUAAUGAUAAAAUUUAUACUAUUUGUUUCUUAGGUUUUCACGAACACCACUCAUUAAAUUAAACAAGUUUCAACGGUAUAGAUGCACUGAUUUAUUUAUUUAUUGACGUUUC